UUAUUCAUUUUUGUAGCUAUACCAUGUUCAUCAUGCUCUUAUAUGUAUGGUACUAGCUACUAUAAUAUUACUUAUAUAUUGACCUCAAGUUUUUUUUUUUUUUAAUCUCAAGGGAAAGUUCUUGAUCUCUGAUCUUAACCUUUUUUAAUUACUAAUGUGAUGAUUUUCAAAAGAACAUAUAAAUGAUAGUUAAAAAGAAAUUUUUAUUUGUUAUUAUAUAUAGAUUCUUCUCAAGUUUCAAGUUAAACCUUCUGAUUUUAUUUUUUAUCCUGUUGCUAUAGAUUCCUCUCAAUUUUAAUUUCUCAAGUUCUUAUCCUUUUGAUGAAGAUAUUUCUUCUCAAUUCAAAUCCAUGUCAUAAUAUUAGAAGCCUUAUUAGUUAUGCUUUGUAUUUUUAUUACUUAUUAAAAUCUAUUAUAUAUGUUAUUAAUCAUCUUGAAAAUCCUCAUCCCCAAUUAUUAUUCUUGAAAUUACAAUUUGUUGAUGUCUCAUAUACAAAUAAUAUAUAUGGAUUAUUAUUAUAAUUUCUUAGGGUUAUGGAAGGGAUAGGUCCCAACAACAAUUCAUGCACAACAAGGCCUCAUAAUGAAGGUAGUAACAACAAUUUAGAGAAGAAAGCAAGACCACAAGAGCAAUUGAAUUGUCCAAGGUGCAAUUCAACAAACACAAAGUUUUGCUACUACAACAACUAUAGCCUCACACAACCAAGGUAUUUUUGCAAGACUUGUAGAAGGUAUUGGACUGAAGGUGGGUCCCUCAGGAAUGUUCCUGUUGGUGGAGGUUCAAGGAAGAACAAGAUCAAGAUCAAUACCAAUAACAACUCUUCGUCAUCGUCGUCAACAACAUCAACACCUUCAUCAAAUUCAAAGGUUCUUGUUCAUCAAGACCUACUAAACCCUAAUAAUAAUAAUAGGGUUAUUCAAGGACAAGAUCUUAAUCUUGCUUUCCCAUCUAUGGAUCAUCACAACAAUUAUCAUCAUGCUUUGGAGCUUUUAAGGUCAAGCAUGGCUUCUAGGGGUUUGAGUAAUCCAUAUUAUGCUUCUUCUAAUUCUUCAUUGGUACCAUCAAAUUCAUCAAGUGUAAUUUACCCUACUUCUGGAUUAGGGUUUCCAACCAUGCAAGAAGUAGUUAAUAAUAAUAAGCAAAAUAGUGGUAACCUUGGAUUUUCAUCUUCUUCAUCAAUUAUGGAUCAUCAACAUCAUGAAGAGAAUAUUGUUAAUAAUAGUGAUGGUGGAGGAAGAGUUCUUUUCCCUUUUGGAGAGGUGAUGAAGAGUGCUGAAGAAAACAACAACAAAGAACAAGGGAAUAAUUCAUCAAGCACUGCCAAUGGUGGAUAUUGGAAUGGAAUGAUGGGUCAAGGGUCAUGGUGAAGGGACAACAAGGAAACUAAGAACAUGCAUUAUUAAUUACUAUUAUUAUUAUUAUUUGAGAAAUUCUUAGAUGUUUUUAGGGUAUAAGAAAAAGUUUAUUUUGUACCAUUCAUCACUUAUAUGCAAAAAAACUAAUUAUCAAAUGAUAAAUAAUGGUGCAAAAUAUUUUUUUUUCUUAUUUUAAGAGUAUCUAAAAAUUUCUCUUAAUUAAUAUUUUUCUUUAAUUUCAGUUCAUAUUUUUCUUUUUCUUUUUUUCCAUGUUUUCUUAUUAUGAUAUUUGUUUGAUGAAGUUAUGUUAUAGAGCUAACAAUAGGGUACACAUGGUUAUUACUUAUUAGUUAUUACUUUGUUUUUUUGUACACAAUGCCUAUAUAUAACUUUCUGUU